AAGCCAUCAUUCAUUAGUAAGGUUGCACCGCAGGUGACCUCGAAACAACAGCCACUGUGGCAGAGUCCAUUGUUUGGACUGGGACUGCCGCUGUCUGUAAGGCAUUCACUUGCCUUAAUUCCAACCCAGGGCAGGCGUCUCUACAUCCGAUUCCCCGGAUCACCUCAACGCAAUCUCUGUACAAGCCACUUCAUAGUUCGGUGUAACCGCUGAGAGAGGGAUUUCUUUGUCUUCUCCUGGCCUAUACAUUUAACGGUUGCCUUAGAACCCUGUGGUUCUCUACUCCAGAAUACGCCACUUCAUUUGCUUCAUUAUCGUAUCGUUUGAUCUUCAUCUCAGGUUCUCUUUAAAUUUUCUUAUCAUCCCCCCACCUUACAGCUGUGGUUUUGUGAAAAUCAAAUCGCAGGUCGUGUCUUUCUUUCUUAGAAUUCCCUUCUUUGAAUAUUCCUUUCUUUAGUCAUUCAUUUUACCGGAAUUUUCUCUUUGUGAAACCUAUCGCAUUAUGGCAGGUAUUGAUGAGGCGCUGCCCUUGAAGGGCAAGGGACAAGCUGCGUCUGGCUGGAAGACUUGGUCCGUCAAGAAGCGCAUGCUGAUUAUCGGUUCUGUUGUUCUCGUGAUCGCCCUCGCUAUUGGUCUAGGCGUUGGUUUGGGAGUCGGUCUGAAUAAGGGCGGAGGGGAAGACGAAGGCGAGGUUCCGCCUACCACCGGAGGAGGAGUGACCACAGCUAAGUGGCAGCCGGCCGUAGGAACGAAAUGGCAGAUUGAGCUUCUGUACGCGCUCAACGACACCUCAGUAGACGCGGAUAUCUACGACAUUGAUCUCUUCAACAAUGACAAGUCCACCAUUAACGGACUGCAAAAGCAAGGCCGCAAGGUGAUCUGCUACUUCUCCGCUGGGAGCUACGAGAACUGGAGGCCCGACAAGGACAAGUUCAAGGACUCCGACAUGGGCAACACGCUGGAUGGAUGGCCGGAUGAGAAAUGGCUUGACCUCAACUCCAAGAACGUACGCAGCAUCAUGACGUCGCGUCUGGAUAUGGCGGUCGAGAAGGACUGCGAUGGAGUUGACCCGGAUAACGUCGAUGCCUACGACAACGACAACGGUCUCGAUAUGAAGAAGGAGGAUUCGGCGAAUUUCAUGAUGUGGCUCGCCAACGAAGCGCAUGCACGCAAUAUGUCCAUUGGCCUGAAGAAUGCCGGGGCGAUCAUCCCCGCAGUGAUCGACAACAUGCAGUGGAGCGUGAACGAGCAAUGCGCGCAAUAUGAGGAAUGCGACACCUAUGCCGCAUUCAUCAAUAAGAACAAGCCCGUCUUCCACAUCGAGUACCCCAAGGGCGACGACACCAACAACAACCAAAUGGUCACCACGAGCCAGAAGAAGAGUGCUUGCGACUUCGAGGGAUCCUCCAACUUCUCGACGGUCAUCAAGAACAUGAAUCUGGAUAAUUGGAUCCAGACCUGCUAGUCGCACAAUUGAUCAUCAUCUGGAUACUCUGUUCGAUCAGCAAGGGCGCCGGGAGUUUGAGAUUGGGAUUCCAUCAUCCCCAUACCAUCUAUAUAGUUUGACUAUGAUGUAA